AUGCAAAUGUCAGAGAAGUUUCACUUUAAGUCCUGGAUGAUGCAGCACCAAAAGAAAUACAGCAGCACAGAAGAAUACCACAAAAAGCAGCAGACAUUUGUCAACAAUUGGAGGAAGAUCAACGCCCACAAUGCUAGGAACCACACAUUCAAAAUGGCCCUGAACCAAUUUUCAGACAUGACCUUUGAUGAAAUCAAACAAAAGAUUCUUUGGUCGGAGCCUCAGAAUUGUUCAGCCACCAAAGGUAACUACCUCCGAGGCACUGGCCCCUACCCACCGUCUGUGGACUGGAGGAAAAAAGGACACUUUGUUACAUCAGUGAAAAAUCAGGGAGGUUGCGGCAGUUGCUGGACUUUCUCUACCACAGGGGCCCUGGAAUCUGCUAUCGCCAUAGCCAGCGGAAAGCUGCUCUCUCUGGCAGAACAGCAGCUGGUAGACUGCGCCAAGGACUUCAACAAUCAUGGCUGCCAAGGGGGCCUCCCCAGCCAGGCCUUCGAGUACAUCCUAUACAACAAGGGCAUCAUGGGUGAAGACAGCUACCCCUACCAAGGCCGGGAUGGUAUCUGCAAGUUCCAGCCCGAGAAGGCCAUCGCUUUUGUCAAGGAUGUGGCCAACAUCACACUCAAUGAUGAAGAGGCGAUGGUGGAAGCUGUGGCCCUAUACAACCCUGUGAGCUUUGCCUUCGAGGUGACAGAAGAUUUCAUGAGUUACCACAAGGGCAUCUACUCCAGUACCUCCUGCCACAAAACACCAGAUAAAGUCAACCAUGCAGUGCUGGCUGUUGGGUACGGAGAAGAAAAUGGGGUGCCCUAUUGGAUUGUGAAAAACUCUUGGGGUUCCUACUGGGGCAUGAAUGGGUACUUCCUCAUCGAGCGCGGGAAGAACAUGUGCGGCCUGGCUGCUUGUGCCUCCUACCCCAUCCCUCUGAUAUGA